AUGGCAUCCGGUAUUCCCAUGGGCGGCUUCCAGUUGGGGUCGACCCUCAACAGGAGACUUAGCAGGCUCUACAACGACACCAAGAAAUCCUCCGACUUCGUCAAGGAACCUGCACAACAUGCCGAGGCCGACCCCGAAAUCAAGUCCCUCCACCGCAAGCUCAAGAUCCAGAAGGACCGUCUUGUCAGCUGGGGCCUGGAAUGGUCUGACCCUACUCACUCCGCCGAGGUCUAUAUCGACUCCUCCCUCUCCAAGGCCGGCCUGAGCGAAGUCGUUGGAAGUAUCAUGUCCACUAUCAAGGACAUCCUAGCUGAAGCCGAGCCACUAUGGAACAGCUCCAAGCAGCUGACCGGUGAGAGCAACGAGCCAUAUCAACCACCCAAGCGAGGCGAGAAGAUCAGGUUGGUGGUGUGGGACAAGAGCCGCUUCGAGGACCUUAUCCGGGAUUUGACGACAUCCAUCGAUACUCUUUACGACCUGUCCAGGACGAGAUCUUCCUAUGCCCAGCACUCAUCCGCCGCCCGAGAGAGGCUUCAGAAGGCCGUCGCCUCUCCUUUUGAAGAGUAUCGUCCAUUCGAGUCUACCAGGAUCCAGACACCCCAGCAGAUCGAUCCUGCCACUCUCAUGAACCUACGAGAGAUGCAGGCUGUCCCCAUGACUGAGGCUGGAAACCCAGAGCAGGGGACAAGGGAUAUUGUCUUCAUGGGCAAGCAGGCUUAUGCUGAGCUGAUGGACCGAAUGGGCGCUCAUAUCCCCUAUGGACCUCUACUUCUGGAGUACGCGCCAUUCGAUUCGAUCUAUUCCAUCACGGGCAUAUCACCACCAAUGACACGGUUUGAGCGCUUGUCAUCCGGUCUUCAAUCUGAUCCCCAGCGUUCAUCCAAUUCGUGGGCUGGCCUACCCAGGUUGCUGGGUUAUUUUGAGGAUAUGGAGAACUCAAGGUUCGGCUUGGUCUACAGGUUUCCCCGGACCUUCAAUCCUGUCACCUACGAGAACCUUACCCAGAACCCAUUGUACUCCAUGUGCUCAUUGGGAGAUCUUCUCGCUCGUCCGGACUUUGAACCCAAGCUGGAAGCCAAGUUCCGUCUGGCUGCCAACCUGGCCAACACCAUCUUUGAUAUGCACGCCAGAGGCAUCACUCAUGGCAACCUGCUUAUUGACAACAUCUCCUUCUGCAAUGCCGUCAGCACCGAUCCAGAGAUCAGCGGGAUGAAUCAAGGCGAGGUGGACAUCAGACGACCUUUGAUCUCGUCGUUUGACCUAUUCUCAGAGCCACAAUCACAAGACGAACCUGAAUCCUUCACCCCUUAUAGACAUCCUUUGGAUCCAAAGAACAGCACCCAAAGCCCUCUCAACAACAAUGCUGAUUCCAAGACACUGGAUCUCUAUUCUCUGGCCAUGAUCCUCAUUUCCGUCGGUCUCUGGAACAAGCUGGAGAACAUCCUCCCGGAUGUUAAGAACCCAGUCGUCUCGGAUGCCAUUCUAGAUCAGCUGGCUACCCGAUGUGGCACCCUUUACAUGAAGGCCGUUCAGACUUGCUUAAAGGCGGUUGAUCAGGAGAUCGGGGGUCAACAUACAAUGGACGAGAUUGCUCGUCAUGUCGAGUUCAAGGCCAGCCGGUACCUGGAAGCAUGCUGCAUUCUGGAUGGCGUGAGCGCUCUGGAGGAGAGGUUGGGCGAUGACCUUGCACCUGCUCCGACUGUGCAGAUUCCAUCAGCACCAACCGCUUCUGGUUCAGGUUCCUCUAAGGAAACCAAAUCUGAGAAGUCCGCGGUUGAAACGCCCACUCCUACGGCCCGCAAGAGUGAAGAAGUAGAUCCUCCCAUUACUAGCAUCAUGGUGCCGGAUCCAGAGGCGGAAGUGCGGGCCAAAAUCCAAGCGCGCCAAGCCAGACACUCUUCAGCCAAAGAGAAGGCACGCCUCUACCCCCAAGUACCCUUGCCGCCCGAUGUUGUCGAAGAGUGGAACUCUGUUCUCAUGCCUGAGAUCAACUCGGCCCUCAAAACCUUCUAUCGCAAGAACCCGGAAUCCGUCGAGAUCUCCCUCGAAUCGAUCGGCGAGUCGCCAGCGCGUACUAAGCCUACCGUUCUGGUCGUCUGCACUUCAGUCAGCAAGGUUAGGGCUAUCCUGAAGAAGAAGCUAGGUGUUCUGUUCGAUGGAACAAGGUCGAGCCUCGGUCUCAAGGUAUGCAAGGGCCAGGUUCUCAGGUCACGAAAGCAGGUCAUCAAUAGGAGCAUGGCCAACCCCGAGGAUACUGGAGAUGUAAUUGCCGCCAACCCGUCAUACCAGCCAAAGCCACAGAAUGGGGCCAGUAUCGGGGCUUGGAUUGGCGAUCGGCACUUGCCGCCCGUCAGUUUGGGAGGACUAAUUGUUGUGGACGACAAGGCCUAUGGAAUGACGGUCCACCACAUGCUGGAUGACCCCGAGGACAACCAAGCCACUGAUGAUAAUACGAGGAGUAUGGCAGGCGGAGGCCUUAACGAUCUAGCCGCAUGGUACGCUCAACAGUACUCAAACACCGACGAAUCCUCUCCCGACAAUAGCGAAAACGGUGACUACGCUUGCGAAUUCUCCGACACCGAUUCCGAAGCCUACUCCGAAUCAGCCAUAACCAGCGAAGCUUCCGACGACGACGACUACUACGAAGAAGAGGAGCAGUUCACCGAACCUGGCGACAUCCCAGGCAUUGAACCUGGGUGCGGCGAAGGCUUCAUCAUCACGCAACCGGCCCUCGACGACGUAGCCAGCGACUUCUACCCCUCCGCUGAAGAUAAAGAUCAAGACCACCUCGACACCUUCCGGGUUGGGGAGAUGUACGCCUCCAGCGGUAUUCGGCGCCGGAAAGAAAAUGGGCUCGUGCACGAAAUCGACUGGGCUCUGUUCGAGUUUGAAGACGAUCGCCAACCCUCUGAUAACUUUAUCCCCAAGGCAUCUGCCCCUUCCUCGGGUAAAAAGGGAAAGGCACACCAACGCAUUCAAAGCAUUCCCCCGGACCAAAUCCCAACAAUCCUCCCAACCUCGAUCGCCCCCUCACACACUCUUCCCGGUCUCCAAGUUCAGUGCAUGGCCCGCACCUCGGGCCUUCAAAUAGGCACCAUUAUGUCCGCCCUCACCUCGGUGAAAAUUCUCGGCCGCGUGUCUCCCAGUCACACUUACCAAGUCUCAGGUACUCCCUCCCUCGGUCUCGUACCCAACCGCCCCAAUCGACCCUCCGGAUCCGGCGACCAAACGAUCAACUCUCGUCGCCAGCCGCUUCCGAUGGGAAUUCCCGGUGACUCCGGAGCCUGGGUAGUACAAAGAGACGGAGGUAGUGUCUGCGGCCACGUCCUCGCCUGGAGUAGCAGGAAGAGGGUUGCCUACAUCUGUCCCAUGGAGAUUCUAGUGAGGGAUAUCGCCGAGGUUUUGGAAGCAGAGGAGAUCAGGUUGCCAGGUCCUACCGGCGCAAUUAUAUACCAGGCCUACGACGAAAGGACCCCUGGAGUGAGCAGACAGGCUAGCAAGACCAGUACGCGGACGGUUGGAAGCGGUGAUGUGUAUGGAGGAGGGAACAUGAGCAGGCAGACUAGCGCGGCGAGUGCGCGCACGUACAUCGGCCGUCAACAGGAUUUUGGGUCAUCGGGACUGGGUAGGACUUUCUCAAGGGGGAGUGCCUUUUCCGGCAUCGGACCCCCAGGGUAUGAUGAUUACCCUGUGGACGAAAACACAAACAUGUCUGAACGCCAGUCAAGCGUUCGACGCCUACAGAAACAAGUAGAAGAGGAAUACCUCCCCUCAUACAGCGAGCUGAAACAAGCUCAAGCCCAAGCGGCGACUGCUCAGGCGGAGAGAAGAGGGACAGCAGGAAACAACAAAAUCAACAGCAACGAUGAUGAUAACAACGGACACGACGAGGGGGUAGAGGAUUUGGAGCAUGAUUUUAAGGAUCUUCGUUUGGAAGCUGCGGCUCUAGAGGGCGCGAUGCCGUACUGGGUGGAGCGUGGGGGGGGACUGGUAUUGCCUGAGAUUUUGGAUCUGCGGAACUGUGGAAGUUGGAUAUACAGUCAGAAGAUGCUUACUUAUUUUUCAUGUUUGAUAACCUAA